AUGGGGCGGGGGCGGCCGCCGCUUCCUGUGCGCGAUCGCGGCGGAGCGGGAGCGGCCGGAGCCGCCUCGCUGUGGGGUGGGGAGGGCCCCCACUUCACCCCAGCGCUGGAUGCGGCGGGACCCCCUUGGGGGGCUUUGGGGGGACCCCCCAAAAUAACUGGGGGGGUCCCGGGGGUCCCGAUGGAGGUGGGGGGGGGCCGCCGGCUGCGGAUCCUGGAGGAUCUCAACAUGCUCUACAUCCGCCAGAUCGCCGCCAGCAUCCAGGAGCCAGAGCUGCAGCGGGCGCUGGAGCGGGCGCUGCGGGUGCGGGAGGGCGCCCGGCGCCUGCUCCCCGCCUGCAGCCGCCCCGAGCAGGCGCUGGAGACCACCAAGACCCUGGUGCUGUGCGACGCCAGGGUGGUGGCGGCGGGGGGAGAGCUGCAGCGGCGCCAGGAGGCCCGGCUGAGGGGGGCCCGGCGCCCCUCGGACGGCGGGCCUGGGGCUGAGCGGGUGCCGUGCCGUGGCACUGUCUGCAUCUCAGAUCUGCGCAUCCCGCUGAUGUGGAAGGACACCGAGUACUUCAGGAACAAGGGGGAGCUGCACCGCUGCGCCGUGUUCCUGCUGCUGCAGGUGGGCGCCGAGAUCCACGACACCCCCACGGUGCUGGUGGACCGGACCCUCACCGACAUCUGCUUCGAGGGCGCCGUGCUCUUCUCGGAGGCGGGCCCCGAUUUCGAGCUGAAGGUGGAGCUGUACAGCGCGGGGCUGCCGGGCGGGGGGGCGCAGGGCAGCACCCCCAAAAAGCUGGCCACACGCCUCAGCACCUCCCUGGGCCGCUCCUCGGGCCGCCGGGCACGGGCAGCCAUGGAGGGGGGCCCCGGCAGCCCCCCGGGCACCGGCGGCACCGGGGCGCUGCUGCUGCCACCGCCCGGCGUGCCGUGUCCCCGGUUCCAGCUGCUGGCACACGCCACGCUGUCCCUGGCGCAGGUGCACGACGGGUUCCGCACCCACGACCUCGUCAUCGCCGCCGAUGAGCAGAGCCCCUGCUGGGUGCCCCUCUAUGGCCGCAUGUGCUGCCGCCUGGCGGCCAGGCCGAGCUGCAUGGACACCGCGGCGGCGACAGGGACACUGCGGCUGCAGGCUCCGGGGGCUGAGGGGCCGAGCGGGCCCCCCCUGUUCUGCGUCCUGCGGGGCCCUGGGCUGCUCUGCUACGGCAGCGCUGGCGAGGCCGAGGCAGGGCAGGAGCCCACCCUCACCAUCGCUGUCACCAAGGACACGCGGGUGCGCGCGGCGGAGCCGGGGGGCCGCGGGCAGCCCCCCGGGGUGGCUGUCACCAACCGGCUGGGCGGGGAGGAGGUGACGCACGUGCUGGUGGCCGAGAGCGCGGCCGAGGCGCAGCGCUGGCUCGAGGCCUUCGGGCAGCACCUGCACGACUUGGCCCAGUGGAAGCAGUGCUGUGAGGAGCUGAUGCGGAUCGAGGAGCCCCCCCCACGCCGCCCCCCGGCCCCGCUGCCCCCCCAGGGCUCGCUCUACCACCAGACGGCUAUUGACCCCUCGGACGACAUCGCGGCGGUGACCGACAUCCUGGCGCGGCACCGGGGGGCUCCCCGCGCCCCGGGACCCCCCCCGUGGCUGUCGCUGUUCGAGGGGCCCCCCCUGCGCAGCCCCAGCCCCCCCCGCCGGGGCCGCCCCCGCACCCUGUCCCUGGAUGCCCGCCUCAGCACCCUGAAGGGCCGGGGGGGCCCCCCAAAACCCCCCCACUCCAGCUCCUCCAGCAGCGGCAGCAGCAGCCCGGGCCCCCCCCAGAGAGACCCCCCCAGAGCCCUCCAGUCCCGGGUCUGACCCCCAGCACUUGGGGGGGGACAGGGAGGGAUGGACCCCCCCAUUUGCCAUGGGGGUUGGGGGUGCUGGGGACUCCCAGCUUCUGUUUUUGGGGAGAAACUGGAAUUUCUGCCCCUCCCCGUGCUGGGGACGGGCAGGGCUAAACUCCAAAAAGGGGGGGGGUGUUUCCUUCCCCCCCAACAAGGGUGGGUGCUGGGGACCCCCCACCGCAGGGUGGGUGCUGGGGAUCCCCCACCCCAGGGUGGGUGCUCAGGGUCUAACCUGGGGGGGACACAGAGCCCCCCAGCUCUGCUUUCCCUCACCUCUAACCCGGGGGGGGGACACAACCCCCCCGGCAGGGCCCCCCUCAUUAAUAAUAUUCACUAAUAAUUUGCAUUAAAAUUUAUUUAACA